AUGCAGCAGCAGACCGAUGCACCCGGGUCUUCGGAGCCGCAGAAGAAAUCGAGUCAGGCAGCAAAGCGCUGGAAGAAGGCAUUAAUCAGCGACAAGGUGGACAACGUUGUUCAGGAGUGGAAGAUCUCGUCGGCGGAGAAGCAGGAGGCCAGCCGCGACAAGCAAAGCAGAUCGAGCAGAGUGUCUGCGACGAGUGACAGCCGUCCAGAGCAGCGCAACAGCCACGUCUUGCUGAACCCCUCCCAGGGCCCAUCCACCAGCAUGUCCGUCAGAUCAGGCAGCAAGGACACGCCUCGCAAACGCAGCCUGAGCUCCAGCAAGGAGACCCCACGUGCUCGAGGCUCGAGCCUCAACGUCGGAAAGGAUGGCAAAAAGGAGUCAGCGCGAGCGCGCAGCGGGAGUCGCUCUAGGAAGGAGUGA